AUGUUUCAUUCAGAAACACCAGAAGAGAAACUACAAACUAUAAUAAACAAACUUAAAGGUGGUAACAGCGAAUUGCGGAUCAUUUUGGCAACAUCCGCAUUGGGAAUGGGAAUUGACAUCUGCAAUUGUAACUCCUGUAUUUUGUAUGGUGCACCUUCUUCUGUGGUUGACUUGAUCCAAGAGGUCGGUAGAAUUGACAGAAAUUGGGAUGAAGCUGUAGCAUUGCUGUUGUUUAAUAAAUAUCAUUUACAGCAAAUGGAAUCAAAUGUAAAAAGAAUGAAUAAGACAAACACAUGUGUCCGCUUAAGCAUAAUGGAAGACUUUCUUAUCAAAACAGAACUUGCAAUAGUUCAUAGUGGAACACAUACUUGUUGUGACAUUUGUGAAAAGGAAUGUACAUGUGGCCAGUGUAACAAAGUGAUGAUUGAGCAAUUUUUUCAUGGAAUAGUAGACAAUGAAGGAACUAGCAGUUCAAGUAGUGAUACAGUUAUAUUAAUAUGGCGAUGA